AUGCUGGAUAUCAAUAUCUUCAGUGCAGAGAAAGGCUUCGAUUCCAUGCGCAUCCGCGAGUCUCAGUACUGCCGCUUCACAAGCGUCAAGGUCAUCGAUGAGAUCAUUAGCUUUGCCAAAGAAUGGCAGCAGUGUAUGCAUCCCAGACUUCCUCUCUUCUUAGCUCUAUGGCUAACUCUUCUCAUUUCGAUCUUGGUGAAGAAGGAUGCGACGGAGAUGAUAAAUAGCACUAAUGGGAACAAGAAAUUGACUAUAACCUCUCUUUAUGGUGGACUUUUGGAGUUCCUUUUUGUAGUUGAAAGCAUUGAUGAUCCAGCUUACCAUGCUAUAUCUAGUUUAAUCUCAGAAUUCAAGAAAGCUUAUCAAACAAGCACAAAACGUGUAGCCCUCCCUUCUCUUGUCACACUUAAGUUUCACCCUCUACUUGCAAAUUCAGUUUCCUUGAUAUGUAAAGAUUGUGUGGCUGGUCUCUCAACAACAUGGAGUCAGAAAAUUCAUAAUCAGUUAUUUGGUGCUGAGAAAAUGCAUAAGGGCAGCAAGUAUGUGUUAUUUCUGGAUGAUGAUGUUAGACUGCAUCUUGGAUCAGUUGGAGCUCUAACUGCAGAAAUGGAGAAAAUUCCUGAGAUAUUUAUUCAAACUGGAUAUCCUCUUGAUCUGCCUUCUGGAAGCUUGGGAAGCUAUUGCAUUUAUGAAUAUGACAUGCCUUGUUCAAUGGGAUUUGCAACUAGUGGGAAGACAUUUUUCCUAUGGAGUGGCUAUAUAAUGAUGCAUGCAGAUGAUUUUAGAAAAGAUUCACAUGGUGUUGUUAGUGGACUGAGAGAUGGUGGAUAUUUUGAUGACAUGACUCUUGCUGCAAUAGCUAGUAAUUUCUUGCUUCAUAUGCAUGACUUGAAAAUCCAUUUAUUUUUACAUGCUGUAAGUGAAAUAAGCAAAAAAUAAUAGUAAUAAAAUAAAAAAGGCUUCACUGAUGAACUCAAUUCUUCCAUCUAAUACUCAUGCAUAUGAUGAUUGCACGCAUCAAAUCUGUACAUAUGGUCCUAACUGUGCAUGAACUGCAUAUGGCAGAUUAGAUAUGAUCAAGUGACCAUUUUUCCCAUGCAGAUGCAUUCUAAUGUUUCUAAUUAAUUUUCUAAAAUUAUCCAAAUGUUAUAAAUCCUAAUAAUAUUCAUGCCGUUUAGAUGCAUAACCCACACUUCCUUAUCAGGGAAAACAAAAAUUAUUUCUUCACCAUUAGUUGUUGUCUUUCCUCAUCCUCUUGCUAGUGACCUAAGCUUUGCUAGGUAAUCAAAUUCAAUUUAGUAUUUCUGAUCAGCUCAUCCAUAACCAUGUCAUAUUUAUUAUACUAAUCCUGUUCAGGUUCCGAAUUUACUAAUGAAACAAACUUUUUUUCUAGAGCUAACAUCUUGAUUGUUAACUGGUCAUGCCAUCCUUGCUAUUCUUCUCUU